AUGGCCUCCACGACCGCUACCAGACAACAGCAACAGCAACAGCAACCAGAGCUGAAGCUCUUUGACCCUGACAUGAGAAUUCCUGACAAGAUCCGCGUUCCCAAGUUGCAGACCAACCUCCUGAUCAACAACCGGUGGGUCCACCCCAGGGUCGACAAGACCUUCGCCACCAUCAACCCGGCCACCGGGGAGACCAUCUGCCAAGUCUCCGAGGCUCAUGCGGAGGACGUCGACCUGGCCGUGCACGCGGCUAAGAACGCCUUCCCGGCCUGGUCCACAACUCCAGGCACGGAGAGGGCUCGGCUGUUGCACAGGCUCGCCCAAUUGAUCGAAGAACACCAAGAUGAGAUCGCGGCCAUCGAGUCGCUGGAUUCGGGCAAGCCCUACGCGUCGCACGUGAAAAAGUUUGAUCUGCCACUCGCGGCCAACACCUACCGCUACUACGCCGGUUGGGCCGACAAGAUCCAGGGCAAGACCAUCCCGGUGGCCGGACCCUAUCACGCCUAUUCGCUGCUGCAGCCAGUGGGCGUCGUGGGCGCCAUUAUUCCAUGGAAC